AUGAAAAUCCUGUUUUGUGACGUUCUGCUGCUCAGCCUGCUCUCCAGUGUGUUUAGCAGCUGUCCCAGGGACUGCCUUACCUGCCAGGAGAGGCUCCACCCAGAUCCAGACAGCUUCAAUGUGAAGGUGUGCAUCCUCCAGUGUGAAGAGAAGGUCUUCCCCCGCCCUCUCUGGACUGUAUGCACCAAAGUCAUGGCCAGUGGCUCUGGACAGCUCAGUCCUGCUGACCCAGAGCUGGUGUCAGCUGCUCUUUAUCAGUCAAAAGCCUCAGAGAUGCAGCACCUGAAGAGAAUGCCUCGUGUCAGGAGCUUGGUGCAAGCAAGAGAUGAUGCAGAGCCUGGGGCCGAUGCAGAGCCUGGGGCCGAUGCAGAGCCCGGGGCAAAUGCAGAGCCUGGGGCCGGUGCUGCUGAGGGGUUGGAGCAGAAGCAGCUGCAGAAAAGGUUUGGAGGCUUCACCGGGGCCCGGAAGUCGGCCCGAAAGUUGGCCAACCAGAAGCGGUUCAGUGAGUUUAUGAGACAGUACCUGGUCCUGAGCAUGCAGUCAAGCCAACGCCGGCGCACUCUGCACCAGAAUGGCAUCCAGGUGAUCCCCCGUACAGCAUGUGUCCACACCAAGACCUGCAGGCCGGGAGUCAGGAUUCCUCCUUCUCGGAGGCACUGA